AUGCAAUGAAUCUGUUUUUUCUAAACAUUGCAGGACUGUAAACGCGCUAUUUUUGAUUUUUUUUGCAUUUUUUUUCUUGCAAUGUCGACGUUGGGAACGAGUUAUUACGUUGAGUCGCCCGUUCUUCCCGAGCAGGAAGAUCUGGCACCGAGGUACUCAUCAGCUGCAGGGGUGGAGCAGGCGAUGCUCACCGAAUAUGGCGGACACGAGUCUUGCCCUUUGCAGGCGAAAUCUUCUAUUUUUGGUGGAUCUUGGAGUCCCAUCUCGACCCACCCUCCAAACACAGCCACUCCGACCUAUAUACAUCACCAUUACACGAGUGGGGACAGCGAUGGCAUGUUUACGCGCUCCUGGGCGUUGGAUCCAGUGUCCGCGUCCCUGUGUUUGACGGGAUUACCAUCGACAGCCAUGCAUUAUGAGAUAAAACCCGAGCCUCUGAUUGGGAGUGCCGAAUGUACAACUUUGGAAACGCACACACCUCUUUUGUCUGACAUAGGAAACGAAGCGUCGCUUGCGGAGAUUCCCUGCGAAACCACAUCCACGUCUAAAGCCACUGAAGAGACCCCGACAGCAGACGAAAAGAGGGAGAUAGAUGCAAAUAACCCAUCGUCCAACUGGCUUCACGCAAAGCCCACCAGAAAAAAGCGUUGUCCGUAUACAAAGCAUCAAAUCCUCGAACUGGAAAAGGAGUUUCUAUUUAACAUGUACCUUCCCCGGGAUCGUAGAUACGAAGUAGCGAGAGUCCUGAGUUUGACCGAGAGACAGGUGAAAAUCUGGUUUCAGAAUCGCAGGAUGAAGAUGAAGAAAGAAAACAAAGACCGGCGGAGAGACAGUUAACUUGUUUGGGACUGCUGGUGGAUUAGAGCCUGAGGGGGGAGGUGGGGGAGGGAGGGAGAGAGAGAGAGAGAAGGGAGGGGGUCUGUCCUUAAUAUUCCUGAACUGUUACACAUGUUGUUGUAAAGUUUGUGUCGUUAAUACAAUGCUGGAUGUUUUAUUUCAUUUCUAUGAUAUCCAGUGUUUGAUGUUAGUGAGAGGACAAAGUGUCUUGUGUUGUACUUUGCGCACAGAAAUAGUUACCUACACACAUUUGUUAUUUGCAUGAAAUUAUUCCUUGACUACCUGAAUGUCUUUCAGCUACCUAUUUGCAUUGUUUAACUUAUUCCUUUUGCGAUCUAGAUGUUUUAUAACCGUUCGGUUUUGAUCCAUUUGUGAGAACACUGUGCACACUUAAAAAAAUACCUCGUCGUUAUGGUCUCAUCCAAAAUAAAGUAGUUUGUAUAGGCUUGCACAUGAGAAAAGUAUUAUGUCUUAAGAUUUUUUUUGUUUUGCUUAAUAUUAAAACAUACGGACUAUUUCUUACAUAUUUGAACAAAAUGUAUAAUAGAAAUCAAUAAAAUACUACAACUUACUUAAUUCACUGCUCUGUUUGCCUAAAACUACUUCAACAAAAUUCAAAAUUUUAUUUCUCUUGUUUUAUUUCAGGGGAAAAAAAGGCUUUAAAAAACAAAGUUUUA